AACAGGCCAAACGUUGUGCUCACUGUCCCUCCUCCCACUCCCCAGGUUAACAAUGCCACGGCCAGGGUGAUGACCAAUAAGAAGAUGGUCAGCCCCUACCCCAACGGAGAGGCCCUUAGCACCCUGCCAUACGGUAACCAGAUGCACACCGCUCCAUUAGCCUCAUUACGAUCCAUACAACACUUCAAUACCCAUCUUCCUGUGUAUCCACUAUCUAUAUGAAACCCUCCUGUUUCUGCCUCCUCUCUGCUUCUCAGCUGGGUGGAAGUUAAGCCCAAUGGUGCAGGCUAUGUACGGACCAGAGCUCUAUGCAGGUAAACCUUGUCUUCCUCUUAGAUUGCAUGCCCUUUAUUUCACCCAAAUCCACUUGUCUUCAUUUACACAUUCCUAAUUCAUAGUGCCCCCCAGGCGUUGGAUGUUCAUUCUCUCUCUCUCUCUCCUUUCCUCUCCCUCAGUUCCAGGGUUCCCCUACCCGUCUGCGGCAGCGGCGGCCUCCACGGCAGCUGCGUUCCGUGGUGCCCACCUUAGGGGCCGGGGGAGGCCAGUGUACAGCGCCGUGCGUGCGGCAGUGCCGCAGCCUGCCCUCCCUGCCUACCCUGGGUAACAGAUUCAACUACAGAAUCCAUCCUCUGAAAGGACACACAUAAGAUGACAUAUUUACACAUUUCUAUACAUUCCUCAAUAGUUUACUAUAAAUACCAAUAAGCGUAAUGUCAUUAAUUUGGUAGUAUAGACACUCAUACACAAACUCCCUCUGAUGCAGAGCAGAACACUAAUUUGAUCCUGUGCGUCACGCUGCACAGAAAGACCAGACACAUUUUUUUCAUAUUUUUCUAUGUUCCAGUAAUUCCGCAAGAUUGUCUCAUAGAGAAAUUGUACUGUGUUGCAUGUUGCUGGGCUUUGCCAAUUGGUUAAUGAGGAUGCAAUUGCUGUGAUAUUUUGGAUUUUAAAAACUAGUGCUGCAGGAAAUGCCUCUUCCGUAUUUAAUCCACUACUGCCUGUCUUCAAACAAACGACUGGCUGACUUGUCCUCUCUGUCUGUCAAGGACCUUUUCCUCAUCAAUGUAAAUGAGCCUCCAUUCCCUCUCCCUGGGGGAUGCUGCUAGAGGAUGUUACCCUAUAGUACAGUCAUGUUUAUCAUUACCACUUUGUUCAGCAGUAAUGGAAGAAAUUAAUGGAAGUGGUAUUUCCUCUGCAUGCUGCAUGUGUGUGAAAUAACUUUUCUAUCUCUCUCUCUCUCUCUUUGUGCGUUCACCUUUCCCCUCAAUCAUCUCACUGUUUACUUUCAUCCACCCUGGCUUUCGUUCCUGCCACUCUGGUCUUGGACCAUCUCACUGUACACACCGACCCUUCCAUCUCCACUUCUCCUGUUCCUCCCUCCUUUGUCCCUCCCUCUCUCCUCCCUCCAUCCCUCUCUUUCUGUCUGCCCUCUCUUCACCUGCAAUCUCCUCUAUCUGCCCCUAUCUGACUUUCUCUCUCAGCGUGGUGUAUCAGGAUGGUGGGUUUUAUGGAGCUGCAGACUUAUACGUAAGUAUAUUCCCACUCCUCACUCUCCCUCACGACUCUCUCUCCUUUCUCUCUGUGCGUUUCUGCAUGUGCAUACGUAAAUGCGCUGCCCAAAUGUGACUGAAAAAAUCAACUGUUUCAUGCACACAGCUCCUAUAUUGAAUUAUGCUAAGGGUAACACUCUUUAUUUUACCAGUCCACCACUGCUUGGAAUCACACCAGUGGGUCUGAGUUUCCCCAGAGGACAGACCGACUGUAACAGAGGAUGUUGUAGUCUGGUGUUGUAACACGGGGUUCCAACAUGGGUAGCCGGGCCGCUCUGUGUGCGCUUGUGUCAGGCCGCGUGUCUGUCAGUGUGCGUGCGUCCAGGUUGACAAUGGCUGUUUCUGUUCUCUCUAUAGAAUAGUGUUUCAGGACUCAGUCAUUAGUAGCAGAUUGGCUCAGGUAGGGUCAAUUACCAAACACAGUGUGCAUUUGUGUUAUCCCUCUGGUGAUUAUGAUCUUUUGAUGUUGUUUUGUUUUGAAACGGUAACUUGCUUUUUUCAUUUUCCUACUAACUCACUGACAUCUGCACAGGUGGAUUGUGGGGAAGGGGUUUGUUACUAAGCUACUAAACAGCGUGUGUUUUUUGGCAGUUUGUUCAAGGAGAACCUGGUCUCUGAAAUUUAGACUGCUGACAGUGAUAACAUGAAAGACGGCAGUUGUAUUUGUCCUUUAAGUCACUGGCAGAGAGCCUCUUAUUUCAUACAAACACCAUUGUUCCCAGCACCAUUUCUUAUAAUUGGAAGUUACCACAGCCAUUAUGCUGAGUAACAUCCAUAGCUGUAACAGGUACAGAGAUGAGCUGGAAGAUACUCUAUCUGUGUAGCAGCAGUGCCCUAUGGGGCUGAAAUUAAAGAUGAGGAGAACACAGUUUCUUAUUACUAAAGCCUGUCCCCAACCCCUUCCCGGUCUCAACUCUGUCUGGAGCUACAAUUACUGAAGCAUGCUGAUCAACGUCUGCAUGCACUAUAGGCAUAGGCCUACCUUUCCCCUCUCCCCCUUAUCUUCUCCCCCUCAGCCCCCCUCCCCCUGCCUCUGUCCUGUCACUAGUUGUACUGCAGGUUUCCAGGGGAAUGCUGGGGGUUGUGUUCUGUAUGAUUAGGUCCAAAUGCAGUGGUGUGUUCAAAUAAGUUUGCGUUGAAUAGGGGCAUGCAUGCUGUCUCAAUGCCAGGAGGUGACACUGUGAGUGUGUUUGCGUGUGCCAUCUCUAUUUUCCCCCUCUUUCUUUGUCUAUUAUAUGCAUAUGAGAGAUCACAAAGAUAAUAUGGAUGAUUCGUGUAAAUGUUACUUAUAUCUUUCUCUAUAAUUCAGAAUCUUUGAUAUGCUGCAUUAUUGACGAUUGUCAACAACCUCCACUGUUUUUGGUUUUUUUUAUUUGUUGUUAAUACUUCAAUCUUUAACCACAAAUGUUCUAAACUUGGUCGUUGUACUGUGUGAUUCUUUAACUCACUCUGCACUUACACAACUCUGCCUCAGUAAUAAUCCUGUCUACCUCAGCUGUACUGUGGUGAUAACCUCCAUUUGUCCCUCUGUCUCCCAGGGAGGCUAUCCUGCCGCUGCCUAUCGCUUUGCUCAGCCUGCUGCUGUAACCGGGGCAACUGCUGCCGCUGCUGCCGCUUACAGUGACAGGUAAGAAUAAGGACGUUCGUCUGAGGACUUGCAUCCAAAACCAGCAGCCUCGAAAUGCAAUAAUGUGACCAGACUUUUAAACAAUAACAUGCUAGGCUAUGACUCACAGUAUAAAUUAUUUAGUUGUGUUUUUUUUUGGUGGGUAUUUAUGAUACACUUGAUCUUACAAAUAUUUUGUUAUGUGAUUGUAAUAUCUCAGCCUAUUCAGUGCAAGGUGUGUGUUAUAUUCUCACUAACUAUGUGCAGCUAAAAGAUGUGUGUUGGUAUUCCCCUGGGACAGUUAUGGACGAGUGUACACUACAGAUCCCUACCACGCUCUAGGUCCUGCUGCUGCUGCCUAUGGAGUCGGUGCCAUGGUAAGAGCACCCCAACCUCAACACUACAACAACAGGCUGGAAACUGAAUUAUCUUCACUUUAUGUAAAUGUAUUUAUUUACUUCUUGCAAAUCUUUUUCACUGCUGUCUGUUGUUUAAAAAAAAAAGACAGCUACAUCCUCCUUUCCUUAUUUCUAAUUUCUCUUUCUCUCUCUCCCUUUCUCUUUGUUCCAGGCUAGUUUAUAUCGGGCUGGAUACAGUAGGUUUGCUCCUUACUAAACAGCACUCGCACCAUGGAAUUCCAUAUUUCUGAACCUCUUCAUUUGGAAAGAGCUCCCCUCCAUUUUCUACGGGGUGGUAGUAUAAACCCAUGUGUUUUGGAAAAAGGUCAUCCAAUCAAGAUAAACUCAACUGUAACUCGGCUUGCUUCAACUGUCACACUCACAGUGACAUAGUAAUGGACGAAUGAAAACUGCCUGUGAAUUUCAAGACUGGCAACAAUGAUUGAAGACAACUGUGGGAAGAACAAGAAUGGUUACAUAAAAAAACACUAUUGGACGUGGAUGGAGAAAUUGCUGCCCACCAGUAACUUUUUACACUACAGCAUUACAAACCUUUGCUCCUAAUAGUCUGUGUGGUAAUAAUACCCAAUGCCUAUGUUACCAAAUUUAAUAUGUACACAUACAAAACUGUGCUCAGUGUGUUAGUUCAGCCUCAAAGUAGGCCAUCUCUAGCCUGAAACCCUAGGUCCUUUAUAUGAAGCACUACAUUGACAAAAACCUGCCCAGUGGAGGAAUCGCAUCAGUUAAACACCUGGGCAAAGCAAGGAACACGUCCAAGUUCUUUUUUUCUUUUAAAGAACCUGUUCAACAAAAAGGUGAAUGGCAUGGAGAAAUGCAAAAGUAGCGAAAAGUCCAUAAUCUGACGCAGUUAAAUCUAGGUAACAGCUGUUGCUCUGAAAAUGAUUAGAGCAAUCCAAACAGUCUACCAUUACACCACCAACCCAACUGUAAAAGACAAAAAAUAAGAUAAACGGUGUGAAAAUGACAAGGAAAAAGAAACAAAAUGACUUGUUUUUGUUCUGCAUUACCUCAGUUGUUCUUUUCUUUAAUUGUCUAUGAAAAAGCAUUAUUAUAUAAUGUGGAUGCAAUUAAAUUACAUCCACCAUCAUCAUUUUCACAUUUUCCAGUUGAUUAAUACUGUUAUUGCUGGUCUAUAAGUAUUAUGAUUAUUAUUACUGUAGUUGCAACUAUAAUGACACAAGUGUUUCGAUCUGUAUCAUGCAUCCUUACUAUUAUAUACCUACAUUGUCUUCUUUUUUCCUUUUGAGAAUAUUGUACAACUCAUGCCUGCUCAACACAACUCCUUAUACAUUUCUCUUUACUAGACUAUAUGACAUUCCAGGUGUAGCAUCACAAUUGUGACUGAAAGGGGUAGAAACAUUGAAAGUGUCUGGCCGUAGCUAACAAGCUGUAUAAACCAGUCAUGCAAGCUGGACCCAGCUAUUCACAGAUAAGAAUGGACAUCUUAGGGGUUUGUGGGAACAAACCAGAUGGUAGGAAACAUAUGACAGUUACAAACACUACAAGUUGAGGUUACUUUUGGUUUCACCAUUUUUAAUAUAUUUUCUGUCAAAUUGACACAAAAAUACAGACACACGAGAAGUGAAACACCCUAAUGUUCACCCAAUGCAAUCUUCCUCCCUCCUAAGUCUUUGGGAAUGUUAUAGUCCAGUAUGUAUUAAAGUCACUGCCUCAAUGCUUCUUUAAGGUACAGGAAGUGACCAACAAAAAUAUAUAAAUAGUCUUUGACCUAUUAUGUAUCUCCAUAUACUCUGAAUAUGUUAUUAUUGCUAUUGUUUGUCAUUUGGUUCCAAAGAUUCUCUAAAAGCACACUUGUUGGUCAAGUGUACACACAUUUAUUAUACUUUUUAUGAUUGUUGUUCUUGCUGUUAUUUUAGCUUUUAUUCUAUUUUAUGGUGGGUUCAAAGUGCACCCUUUCAGUUUGCUCAUGGGGGUGUUUUAAAAGUACCCUGUCCUGGGAGAUGUCAUCUGAGAAGUGGAGAGAGAAGAUGGGGGGCAAACAUGAAUUUAUUUACAUCUUAUAGCAACUAAUUAAUAGACUUAAAAUCACAAAAAUAAAUUUGGGAACUGGCAAAGUUGGCCUUUUAAAACGGGGCUGCUGAAUGUGCCGAGGGGUUUGGAUGAAGUGGUCCCAGGCAGAUGAAAAGGCAGUGUAAAAUGUUGGGUUAAAUAGAACAUUUAGGAGUCCACAGUAGACUUGAGAGGGGGAUUUGACAUUUUGAUACAGAAUAAAUGUCAGAUUAGAUUGAAUGUGAUGGUGAAACAAAGCGUUCUAUUCCACACAAUUUUAAAGAGCCUCCCCAAGCCUCCUUUGUCCAAUUGGGAGUGAGUGUGUAGUUCAGGGACAGUUCUAGGGUGGAGGACCCAGAGAGCUGAGCCAUAAACCACCUGUUGACAUGAUGAGUACCAUGUUACUAGCUGUUUUAUCAGGGCUGAAAUAGGAGAGGGACCAGGUGAAGGAGGGUGAUACAUACAGCUGCAUUAGUUAUUCUGUUGAGUAUUUAUGCCAUGAUAUAAUGAGAAUAAGAAUUUUGAACUUUUCUUAAAAAGUAUUAAAAGUAUCAGUAUGCAUGUUUUUGUGAGAAGGACAGGGUCAAAAGUCAUUUCAUUUGUUGCAUGAAUCAAACAAUUUCUAUGGAAAGGAGGUUAUGUGAGAUAUGAAGGCAGGAUUGAGAGGGGUCUCAACAUAGUCCACUUUAGUUUGUUUGUAGCUAGGGGGAAUAAUGAUAUGUAAAACACUGCUUGUUUAUGCCUGGGUUAUCUAUGUUCUUCUGUGGUCAUGAUAUCAUUUGAAUUACCAGUUAUAUCUCUUAGUUCAAUUUUAAUGUGGAAUGUUGAAACCCUGCAGUUUUUCUUUUGAAGUAUGUUAAGUAAACCAAUGACAUUGUCCCACCAUGCACACAUCAGUUUAGCACAGACAGAACUAAGGUUGAUGUUUCCAAUGCGCUGCAUUGUAGCACAAGACUGCUCUGGCACAGCAACUGACCAUCCCUCCAUAACGUUCCACUUGUUACCCAGCAGUGGCCCUCUCACGGCUGCUGAGAUCACCUUAGACCCAGCUGUGUCUGACUUACCCCUGCACUGUGCGGAAGUCAACCUAGUGGGAGUUGUUGGACAGGGAUUUCAUAUGAGUUGGAAUUGCAUGUGACUUUUUUGUUUUCACAUGUGCAUUGCUAAGCUCAUUGAUCCAAGUGAUAUUUUUUUAUUUUCUUCAACAAGUGACUUGUGUGUUUUUCCUCAUGUUUGCCCUCUGUUUCCUGUCAUUGUUAUUGAAUGUACAAAAUAAACGGUUUGGUUUUUAUACUCCUCUUUUCUCAACUCCUCAUUUGGGUAAAAUGUUUGGUAGAUUUUGUUGCCAUUG